AUGACCCCCAUCAGGGUUUUGAUAUUUCAAAAAGCGAACGCAGUCGAUUUCCGCGCGAAUGACGUCACACGAGCCGAGUCCGGGCGCGAGGGGAAAGCAAUUAGUGUGCACGGGGCGUGGGCACGGGCGUUUGGUGCCGCCACCACCAGAGCCCUAACGAGCGUGGGUUGCUGUUCUGGUACCACUCGGGCACCUGUCGGCGUUGCAUUCGCUCUGCUGCUCCGCGGGCCGUAUGCGCCGGCGUCGCGACGCCCCGGCGCCGCCGCCGACGCCCCGGGAACAGACAGCCGGCGACCCCGCGCCGAUCUCGGCCCGCGUAUUAGCGCGGGGGCCCGAUUUAAACUGCCCGCUAAUCUAAAUUACACGCACUCCUCGGCCCUAGCCAACGAGGAGAGCCGCGUUGGGUUCGUGGGUUCAGCU